AUGUCUCUCACACUCUGGUUUCAGCCACACCACGAAAACGCCCGCAACCUCAAGCUACUGGUGGUUGCUGCCUUUGCAAACGUUCCUGUGACGGUGAAGGCGUGUGAAUAUGGGCGAGAGAACGAGACGGAGGAGUAUCGCCGCAACUGCAGUCCGUGCUGCCGCUACCCUGUGCUCCAGACGGAGGACGGAUGUAUCUUCGAGUCAAACGCGAUCGUCCGACACAUCGCACGACUUGACAAAAGCGGCAGUUUUCUGUACGGCCGCACACCCUUUGAGGGCAGCCAGGUGGACAUGUGGUUGGAUUUCGCCGCAACGGAACUCGAUACUGCCGCAAAGCCAUUUGGUUUAAACAUAUACCGCGGUGUGCCCAUCCCAGUCGAUGCGAUGGAUUCCGUGCACGAGGUGUUUGGUGGCCUUGAGACAUGGCUGGAGACGCGCACAUUCCUGGUUGGUGAGCGUCUGACCGUCGCAGACAUCUGCGUCGCGUUUGCCCUUCAAUUUCACUACCGUGCGAAUGCUGCGGAGGGUGAAGCCCUGACAAAGAAGUACAGGAAUGUCUACCGAUUGUACAACACGGUGAUGCAACAACCCAAGACAGUGGAAGUACUAAAAUCCCAGGGUGCAACUUUCGGGCCAGUGAAGGCUAAAAAGGCAGAGCAGCAAGCACCUAAGGCGGAGAAGGCUCCCAAGCCCGCUCCGAAGGAUGAUGAUGAUGAUGAUGUCCCGAAGGAAAAGAAGAAGCCGAACCCGCUGGACGAGCUCCCACCGAGCCCAUUUGUUCUGGAUGCAUUCAAGCGCGAGUACAGCAACAACGACACACGCACGGUGGCGGCACCAUACUUCUUCCAAAACUACGACGCGGCUGGGUACACAUCGUUCUGGUGUCGCUACAAGUACAACGAAGAUAACAAGAUGCAAUUCAUGACAGCGAACCUCGUCCGUGGGUGGUUUCAGCGCAUGGAGCACACACGCAAGUACGCGUUUGGGGUUGCCCUAAUCAUCGGGGAAGAGAAGAAGCACGACAUCGUUGCGUUGUGGGUGUUCCGGGGUAAGGGUAUGCCGGAGAUCGUGAAAGAUGUGGAAGACACGGAGUUGUUUGACUGGGAAGAGAUCCCCGACGUGAGCGCCCAAAGGGAACGAAUUACGGACUACCUGUGCUGGGAGGGUCCGACCAUUCCGAAACCCGUUCUUGAGGGCCGCGUCUUUAAAUAG